GUUGGUUUGUCAUUGACAGGCUUAUGGUGGAGCCUAUGAUGUGAUGAGCUCCAAACAUUUAAGAGGUGACAUUAAUUAUGCCUGGCCUACUGCUGAGAUAGCAGUAAUGGGAGCAAAGGGAGCUGUUGCUAUUUUAUAUCGUGGAAAGACUCAAGAAGAAUUAUUAAAGUUACAAGCAGAGUAUGAAUCAACUUUAUGCACUCCUUUACAAGCAGCUGCUAGAGGAUUCAUUGAUGAUAUUAUAAUGCCUAGUACCACUAGAAGGCGUCUCAUUACUGACCUGCAGCUUCUUUCCACUAAAACCCAACACACUUUUAAUAAGAAACACGGGAACAUACCUUUGUAACUAAUAAUUAAUUAUUAUAAUUAUUAUUUGAAUUAUUGCACAAGAUCUUGUGAAUACUCAGCUCAAA